CCCGCCCCGCUCCCCUCGGGCCUCUCCGCACCUCGCCGCGGCGGGACGCACGGCGUGGACGGGCGCGAUGGAGUGGAGCGGAGGCCCCGGGGCGCGGCCGGGCCGCGGGCGGCGGGUGCUGGUGGUGGGCGGCGGCAUCGCGGGGCUGGGCGCCGCGCAGAGGCUCCGCGCGCACCCGGCCUUCUCGCAGCUGCGGGUCCUGGAGGCCACGGCCCGCGCCGGCGGCCGCAUCCGCUCGGAGCGCAGCUUCGGUGUCGUGCUGGAGCUGGGCGCGCACUGGAUCCACGGGCCCUCCCGCGGCAACCCCGUCUUUGAGCUGGCGGCCGAGCACCGGCUGCUGCGGGAGAAGGACUUGUCGCAGGAGAACCAGCGGAGGGAGACGGGGGGGCACGUGGGCCUGCCCUCGGUGACCUACGCCAGCUCCGGGGUCAGCGUGAGCCGCGAGCUGGUGGUGGAGACGGCGAGUCUGUUCCACAGCCUCAUAGACCAGGCCCGCGAGUUCGUGCGUGGGGCCGCCGCGCCCGCGCCCAGCGUCGGGGAGUACGUGAGGGGCGCGCUCAGGGCGCUGGCGGCCGGCUGGACGGACCGCGAGGACGCCAGGAGGCUGCGGCUCGCCCUGAUGCACAACUUCCUCAACGUGGAGUGCUGCGUGAGCGGAACCCACAGCAUGGACCUCGUGGCCCUGGCGCCCUUCGGGGAGUACACCGUGCUGCCCGGGCUGGACUGCACCUUUCCUGGGGGUUAUCAGGGCCUCACAAACCACAUAACGGCUUCCUUGCCAGAGGAUAUGAUCAUUUUUAACAAGCCUGUGAAGACCAUUCACUGGAACGGGUCCUUCCAGGAGGCCGAGUCUCCUGGGGAGACGUUUCCGGUGUUGGUGGAGUGUGAGGACGGAGGCUGCUUCCCUGCGCAUCAUGUCAUCGUCACCGUGCCCUUAGGUUUUCUUAAGGAACACGUGGACACCUUCUUUGAGCCACCACUGCCCACCGAGAAGGCCGACGCGAUCAGGAAACUGGGCUUUGGGACGAACAAUAAAAUCUUCCUGGAGUUCGAGGAGCCCUUCUGGGAGCCAGGCUGCCAGCACAUCCAGGUGGUGUGGGAGGACAUGUCGCCCCUGGAGGACGUCGCCUCUCAGCUGCAGGAUGUCUGGUUCAAGAAGCUCAUUGGCUUUUGGGUCCUGCCUUCCUUUGAGUCUGUCCACGUCCUCUGCGGGUUCAUCGCCGGGCUGGAGUCUGAGUUCAUGGAGACUCUGACCGAUGAGGAGGUGCUUCUGUCUCUGACCCAAGUCCUCCGCAGGGUGACAGGAAACUCCAGGCUCCCCGCGCCCAGGAGCGUGCUGCGCUCCCGCUGGCACAGCGCCCCGUACACCAGGGGCUCCUACAGCUACGUGGCAGUGGGCAGCACCGGGGAGGACAUCGACCGGCUGGCGCGGCCCCUGCCCGAGGACGGCGCGGAGGCGCAGCUCCAGAUACUGUUUGCAGGGGAAGCCACGCAUCGGACGUUUUACUCCACCACACACGGGGCUCUGCUGUCUGGCUGGAGGGAGGCCGACCGGCUCAUCGCUCUGCAGGAUCCCCAGGCCCAGCUGCCCGGGCCCCAGCUCUGAGCCCUGCUCCGCCCCUCCUGUGCCAGGGGGAGGCUGACACCAUCCAUUCCUCUGACAGCAUCUGGCCGGGCUUGAGAUUCGGGGAUGUCAAUGACAGCCUGCCUUUUGUGGUGACUGGGGGCAGCUCUCAUUUCUCACAUCUAUCACUGAGUCUGGCCAGGGCCGAGCUUGAGCCGAGUGCAAGGUCUUCUUGGAGAAAUGAGACCCAGGAUGCCACUGCUGCUGCUGAGGGCAUGCAUAUAAAGUGUGUUAAAGCCUC